ACUUCGUCCGCGGGGCCCUCCGGUCCAGGACUGACCCAGAGACACCGUCUAGGAGGAGGGAGUGACAGUUCUUUCCUCCGAUCGUUUCGGCUGGCGCAGCGCGACGCGCAGUGGCUCUCCACGUUUAGGGAGUUUUCGGGGACAGGAGGUGUACUGUUGGUGGUCCCCCCUUUCGUCCGGAGUGACACCGUCUUCGAGAGAACGGAACUUGCUUGUUUGAAUUUGAGCGCACGCACGGGCUUUAAGUGAUCAGUCCGAGGAACGUCUAAUCCAGGCAAAAAAAAAAAACUAUUUUCGGCAUAUAUCAUAAGAGGGAACCGCCAUGUCGUGCCUUAGGAGUUUAGUCUGGAUGGUCAUCGCCGUCACCGCUGUCACUGGGCAGAAUGGCCAGCUUGAGAAGCAAGUGGACUCGACUGAAACGCCUCCGAGCAGCAACAGCCUGACCCGGUGCUACGGCAAGUACGGCUGCUUCUCGGUGGGCGAACCCUUCCUGUCCAUCCAGAGGCCGCUCAACCUGUUCCCACUGCCGCCGGAGUCGCUGAACGUGCAGUUCUUCCUGCGCACGCGCCGUAACAACGAGUACUACCAGCGCCUCAAGUCGGGAGACGCCGACAGCUUCGCCGACUCGAAGUUCGACAGCACGCGGCCCACCAUGUUCAUCAUUCACGGAUACCUGGAGCACGGAUACCUCAGGUGGAUACUGGACAUGUCCACGGAGCUGCUGACCAAGGACAACUACAACGUGAUCGUGGUCGACUGGUCACAGGCCGCGCAGCCCCCUUACACUCAGGCGGUGGCCAACGCACGAAUGGUGGGCGCCCUCGUUGCCGACAUGAUCAUGCACAUCCAGGACCGUUACAGCGUGGCCGGCAGUGACUUCCACCUGAUUGGCUACAACGUGGGCGCUCACAUCGCUGGUUACGCCGGCGAAAGGGUCAAGGGAAUCGGACGCAUCACCGGCCUGGAUCCGGCUGACCCGUACUUUGCCAACACUGACAAGGUGGUGCGACUGGACCCGUCGGACGCCGACUUUGUCGACGUCAUCCACACUGGAGGAUCCAGCUUCGACGCCAGUCCAAGCCGGCCGACGGUUCAGGACUACGGCCACCUGGACUUCUACCCGAACGGCGGCCUUCCCCUGGACUGCCAAGAACCAGGUCAGGAGUUCCUCAGGCACGACGGUUGGGUCUACGGUGUGAGGCGCUACGUGACGUGCAACGACCAGCGCUCGCAGCAGUACUUCACAGAGUCCGUGAACAGCGACUGUCCCUUCUACGGUUUCGCCUGCGACAACUACGAGAACUUCACGAUCGGUGCUUGCGGCUCUGGCUGCGGCGCCGACGGCAUGCAGUGUGCGCCCAUGGGCUACCGGGCCGUCGACUGGCGUCGCUUCGCCGACGAGAGCCGAAGUGUGCGCAUGUUCCUCACGACGUCCUCCGGCACGCCAUACUGCCGUAACCAGUACCACGUGCAGAUCGGCGUCUCCAGCACGGAGGAGACUCGCAAGCAGCACGGGAACAGGGGCAACCUCUACGUCCACCUGCAGGGAUCUAGACCUGAGGCGUCACUCGCCAACGUUGUUAUCAGGAAGUACGACGACUUCAGCUCGGGAAAGAAGUCCGAGUUCCUGGUGACCGCCGGAGACCUGGGCCGCAUCAUCCGGCUGGACCUGGAGUGGAGGCCGGACCAGGUGUUCUACCCGGACCAGAACCAGGUGUACACUCAGCAGCAGCAGCAACCCGGUGCUGCCACGCCAGGAUAUGACUCGCCCCGGCUGUGGAUCGACUACAUCCAAGUGCGCAACCUCGCCACCGGAGAGAAGUUCGUGUUCUGCGGAGAAGGCACCUUCCUGCAGCCCAACGUGGCCAAGACACUGUUCACAGGAGGCAGCUGCGAGUUCGAGGUCGGCUCCUCGAGCCCUUGAGGCGAGGAUGUGCCGGCGCGUCUCCUCGCCAUUCCAUCAUCCGCACGAAAAAGGAGGAGACGGUCAACCAGAGUAGUAGUCGGCCGUGCCAUACACGACCUCGCCAUUCUUCGGGGACGAGGCCCACCCUUGGCUAUACGGGGGGUAGAGGGGGAAAGGGGGUGGGUGGGUUGUGGGGGGGUGACAUCAGCGAUGUAGGGAAGGGGAAACAACAACAAUGGGCCUCGCGAAAACUGCCCAGCCCCCCUUUCUCAUUAAUUGUUACGCCUCAUAAUAUGUUGAAACGUCGCGCCAAUUAAAGAAAACAACAACGACUGUUACGAAAUCA